AUGGAUUACACCCUUAAUGACGACUGGAUCAUGAGAAGGAAUAAGAUAUUUUGCGAUGUCAUAAACAACCUAGUGACAACGUUCUACGAAAUUCAAUACAAGUUCUUCUUUGUGAAAAGUGAACUCCUGCACAUUAAUGAAGCUAUAAGUCACAUGGACAUACUCCGAAGCAUAGAGAACAAUUUAUUUCACGUAAUCAUCACCUUCGUCAUUGAUUGUAAAGCUUUAUAUAAUCUGAAAAAUGCAAUCAAUAGAACAUUCCAAAUAUCCGAUCGAAGUCGUGUAUCAUACUAUUACUACCUCUUUGAACAUGAGAAGUUUAUGGAAUUAUUUAAAAAGUUAGAAGCCUGUAUGAUGGGGUGUCAAAAAUUAAACACUUACCUUUCGCGCCAAAUCGAUAGAUUGAAGAAUAACGUGGCUAUGACAGAAUGUAGCCAUACAUGA